AUGAUGACAUACAACGAACAGCGAUCAGGUCAAAAAGACUUCGACAGUUCACGGUUUUAUAACCCCGCCUACUCUGGCCAACAACAGUUUAUCCAAAAUACGAGUUCCGCUUACUAUCCAAACUCAUCCAAUCCUCCAAUGCAUCAUUCCUUAAACCAACCUUCAUGGUUACAAAGCUAUCAUAUGCAACCUCUGCUGCAACCUCUUCAACAACUGUUGCCCCAGUCUGCUAUUGGAGGUGUUUCUCAGGCCCCUGUUCAACAAUAUCCUCAGAUGAUCCAGUCUCAACACAUGCCCUUCCAAAACCCACAGUACUUCCAACAGGCGGCUCCAGACGUUUUUGGAACAAACCAGGUUUUAGCUGGCCCCUUACACUCGGGUCAAAUGCAACCAAAUCUGGCUCAACCGGGGCAGGUGCCAAAUACAUCUUUCCAUCAGGGAGAAACUGGAGGUCUGCAUUCUCAAAUUAGUCCGAUUAAUCAAGGUCCAGUGCCACAAAUGGGCCAACUAGACAAUACAAAUAGUAUGGGUAUGAUUCCAAUGAUGGUUCGUGGACCCAAUAGUAACUUGACUCUAAUUGAACAGCUUCAAAUGGAAUUGCCAGUGCCUCCGCUAAGCAAAGCGCCCACUCGUCCAGACGUUUCUUUUUUAAAUUCUCAGCGACGGCCCAAAAGGAAAUCCAAGUUUACCAAGCUCCAGGACUCCAUAAUUGUCCGCUUGAAGAAAGAAGGACGCCUGUGGGUUGAAAUUGCUGACCUAGCUGGUGUCGGAUCGUAUUUGGCAGCCCGUAACCGGUAUCAGGUGAUUGUUGGUCAGCAAGGGAACAACAACAGCCUGAGUUGGACAGUUGAAGAUAGAAACCAGCUUCAGCAGCUUUUGGACUCGGCAGAAAUGGAGAAAUGGCGCUAUAUUGCUCUGGAAUUAUACAAGGCCACGGGCAAGUGCUACACGCUGGCCGAAGUCCGGGAAUUUACACGACAGAUGUUCUGGCAAAAUCCUCUGGCCAUGGGUGUCAACGAGAAAUUAGUGGAGGAACUCCAGAAAGAAAAGAAAAUCACCGAACGUCUUAUUCAGCAAGCUGGAGGCACAGACCAGCUAAACUAUGUGAGACGGCGAGCGAGCAGUCCCGAGUUGGCCAUGUAA